AUGGACAACACAGCUUUUGCACUGGCCGAAGCUGGCAUUCCGGGUUGCGUGUUGGAGGCUCAUCACUUCGACUUGGGCUCAUACCUUCCCAAGGAUCUCACCCCUCGGCCUGGUCCGCCCCCGCGUUUUAAGAGUUCGCCCCUCUUUUUCACCCCAUCUUAUCCAGGAUGCAAGUGUUGGAAGGAGAAGGCCACAUGCCAAUAUUGCACAUGGGGCUUUCCAGUUGACCAAGGAAUAUGGAUGGAGGAUUUCUAUCUCGGCUUUCCUGAUGCUCGCAAUGCAGCAAUGAAGGUAAUGAGAAAGCCGUUGGUCCUGAAGGUUUUGGCAAUGAUCCUGUCCGACAUCGACUUGCCCUUUCAGGUGUCGCAGAAGACUGCAGCUCGACUUUUGGACAUUGUCAUCCUGAGCGGAAACAAAGAGGCAGCUGCGGCGUUGGCGAGGAAGAACCCUGUUCGGCCCUUGCGCCGGUGGAACAUUGGCGACACGUUUGGGAGACCUCGCCCUUCUUGGGGAGUUCAGCUGACACAUUACAGCCAACAAUCUCCUGUCCUUCUUGCAGCGCUUCACGCCGGUGCCGCGUUCGAGAGCAUUUUCCUGCAAUGGGCUGAGGUCGAAGGUAGCUGCAACAACUUGAAAGCAGCACCUCCCCUCUUGAAAGCAGCUCCUCUUCCCUUGCGGGAAUCUGUGUUUGCUUUGGGGUGGCCAAUCGAAGCAUUUGCAGGCUUGUUGCCAAGCAGCAAGAGCCCUUGGAAUCCAGGAUUGUUCAAUGACUUGGGCCGUUGCCUUUGCACAAGGCCUUGGGUUGUCUCUCUGGACAGGCUCCAUGAGGCCACAGUGCACGGCAUUGAUGUGAAAGAUUGGCUUAUUCUGAGGUCAGGCACCAACGCUAGGGUGGGCAGCUUCCUUAGCCUUCUGGACCUGUCCAUAGUAAAGGGCCUCACAGACUGUGCGGCCGCAUGCGCAGGGAUGGGCAUGAGAGUCAGGGAUGUGGAGUUGUGUCGUGAGGCUACUGUAGGAGAGGCCGAAGGCGAACGGCUUCUUGAGCUUGGACUCACAACCUGGGAUGCAGAUUGCUUUAUAGCUACAGAGGAAAGUUGCCUUUGCGCGGCCACAGCAGCAGGAAGAGCAGCUCUGAAAGCCUCAUGGAGACGUGAAUCUGCCAAAGGAAUUGCAAUCUACCAGCUGCUGAAACUUGCGAGUGGAAGAUCUACAGAGCCAUUGGUCAAUCAGGUCCUUCUCUUCAGCAUGGAGGUGCCUGAACUCAUCGACCAGCUGAGCCUGUGGGAUGACGUUGCUGGCUGGCAGGAUGAUCUUGUCGAGCCACCAUCAGCUGCAGCAGGAGCUACAGCCAGUGAGUCAAAUGCUUACAGUACAGCGGCCGCUGAGCUCCCGGAUAUUGCAAGCACAACCUCUGAAGUGGCUGAGCCGGAACCUUCACCAACUGUGCCUGCUGCAGUCGAUGAGGUGAAAACAGAGGAAAUGGACGACUUGCUGAGGGCGGUCCAGCAUAGCAAAGAGGUGGUGCCGGCAUUGAACAGCCAUGGAGUUUCAUUGUUCAAAUUGACUCGCAUGGCAACGUCGACCUUCAUGAGCAACUUGCUCUUCAAUCCUGAGGGGGCCUUGAAAGCACUGCACGAUCGGGUGCUUGCUGCAGGAUGCCAAGUGGACCCUGCUUGGUCUCCAGUGAAAGCUUUGUUUAUUCCAAUGACGGAGGAGCAAAUGCAAGAGCUGACGGCUUUGGCUGUGCACGGCUACGAGCUCAGCAAGGAAGAUCACAUCUUGGCUUUGAAAGAGGAUGAGACUCUCCUGAAUGAAGCCCUGAAGAGCUGUUCUCGUUGCAAGAACCGCCCGAAGGCCAAGCAGGUUGGGCCGCAGAUCUCGCAGGCACCAAGAAGUUCCACGGAUGUGCCACAGGAUGGCGGCAAUGACAUGGAUGACGAUGAUGGUCCCAUGGUCGUUUUGGAGGGAGCCAUUCGGACGGAUUCCAGUGUGGGCUUCCCGGACAGCGGCUGGGUCAUCGAUGGAAAGCCCGUGCCUGACUUCAAGGUGAGGCCGGCGACCAAGGAGGACAUGAACGCCAACCUGGCCUACAGUGCUGCAAAGCUGGAUGACAUCGUCAACGAGGAGAUGGCGAGGAUGGAAAAGCAAAGCUCCGUGGAGACGUUCCGAGGAACCAUGGAUGACGACAAUGAGGUCUUGGAAGUGGAGGACCAGCCGGCCCAUACGUUUCUCUCCAUCCGCUAUGGGGAGACACGAAAGCAGGGCCCCUGUCGCCCCAACGAGACCUUCACCUUCCCAGCAGGGCAGCAGCCCAAAGCCUUCACCGUGGACGUCUUGCGCAAGGUGGCUUCAACGCAAGUGAGCCUUGCUGGGAUCACUGCAGUGGGUGGCUCUUUGAACAACGUGGAGAUCCAAUCCCUCGACAUCGGCGAUGCGCCGAUGAAGGCGUCCUUCGAAGCCUCCCUGCGGUCCGUCGAGCCGGAGGAGAAGACUGCCGCCUCCCGGGGCCGCAAUGCGGCGGAACGCGCGCGGCAGUACAUGGAAUCCAGCGGCAUCCAGCCUUUUCUGCAGGAGAUGUUCACCCAGCUGCUGGAGAGGAAGCCACGGGACUACCUGGAUUUCAUGGCAGACUUCAUCGAGCAGAAGCGGGAGGAGGUGGAUCACCUCGACGCCGGCGACAUCGAUUUCUCCACGGAGCCCGGCCUAGGAGACGAGGCGCUGCCGGGGUUUGUGGACUUUCCGCUGCCAGACAUCUCCAAGCACAACUCCGUGGCCAUGGCCGUCCUUCGUUCUCCGGAGCUGUCGGACGCCCUGCCGCGCCUGGCCACGCUGCGCACCUCUAUGGACGUGACCUUGGCGCGCUGCAUCAAGGCCGCCGUGGAUUGCCCCGGGCAUCCCUUGGUGAAGGUGGCGGGCGCCUAUGCAGGCGACGCCGAGUCGUACGAAGUCUUCAAAGAGUUUUUCGAUCCAUUGAUCGCCGCCAUGAACCCGGGCUACCCCAAACAGGGCCGCCCGGACGUGGGCCCCGUGCCCCUGGACGCGGAUCUGUCGAAGAUUUCGGACGAUGCCGUGGACUCCUCCGGGUGCUACGUCGUCUUCACCUCGUUGGAAGCGAGGAGAAAUGUGACAGGCUUCAAGAUGCCCAUGUGCUGCAGCCAAGCCGAACGCCGCGACGUGGAGCGCAUCAUCUCCAACGCCAAGUUGCGGGGAACCUAUCUGCCGUUGCGUAGUUCAAAGAGUUGCCCUGCACUGCCCAUUGGAAUGGCGGCCUAUCAGGAGGAAAGGCUCCGCAAAGUUGGAAUGCUGUUGACGGAGCCCGAUUCCAAGAUCAAAUUGGCUGCGGGCUUUGGUCGUCACUGGCCCGAUGCCCGGGGUGUUUUCGUGUGCGACAGCCCGGGGACCUACAUCUGGGUCAACGAAGAGGACCACUUUCGCUUCUUCGCCCGCCAGGAGGGCUGUGAGCUGAAGCAUCUCUACGAACGUUUGGUGAAAGCCAUGAGCAGCGUGGCAGAUGCCACCACUGUGGCUGAUGGCGAGAGGUGCGGUUUCGCAUCCUCGCCACGGCACGGCUGGGUCACCAGUGACCCUUCCCGCCUUGGCGCGGCCCUGCGGGUGACCAUGACCUUGCGCAUUCCGCGCUUGGCCAAUGCGGUGGAUGUGGUGAGCCUUUGCCAAUCACUGAACUUGGAAUGCGAUUCCAGCACUUCUGCCAUCAGCGGCAACUUGUGGCAGAUCCACAGCAGCGCGGCCGUGGGCCUCACCGAGGUGGAGAUGAUGAACUCCUGGAUCAAAGCCUGCAGUUUAUUGGUGAACCUCGAGCAGCGCCUGGAGAAAGGUCAGUCCAUGUUCGAAGUGCUGCCAGGCAUGGGCCUGGACUACCCUGGGCAGCUGCCGCUUUCGGGUGCCUGCCCAGAAGAGAUGCCUGACAUCUCCAGCUGUUGCAGUUUGGUGGCCACCUGCCUCCGCGGCAACCCGGAGCUCUAUGCCACGCAUCGCAGCUUGAGUACGUCCACGGGCAUAGGCCUGGGUCCGUGUUUGCGGCCCGGCGUGGACCGCGAAGCUGGCAAGCAGAGGACGGCCUCGGGCCUGGUGGCGGGGGACGAAGAGUGCCUCGAGACCUUCAAACCGCUCUUCCUCUGCAUCCACGAGCAGCUGGAGAACUUCGUCCCCGAGCUGCCGAGCAGUCAUGACAACUCAGAGAUGCCUUGCAAGUGGGUGAAAGUCGAGAUGCGACGCAACCUUGCCGGAGCCAGGUUCGCCCCGUCGUGUUCCAAAGAGGACCGACGCGAGGUGGAACGGCUGCUGGUCAGCUGUAUGCACAACCAGGAGGUGGUGCCCCUGAAUGGACAGUACUAUCCGUUGGCAUUUUCAACGAGCUAUGCUCCGAUGCCCAACGGCAUGGAUCCACAGGAGGAACGGACUUUGGUUGAGCUGGGCCAGGUGUUCGGAUUUCCUCGUUCGCCCGCAGAUCUCAGUGCAGGGAUUGGACGAGAUUGGCCGGAUGCCCGUGGAGCCUUCAUCUUGGAAGGCGCUGAGAGUGAUGGGCAAACGGUGGUUUGGAUCAACCAGGCAGAUCACCUGCGGCUCAGGUGCUUCGUGGCAGGUGGUCAGAUGGAGCUGGCCUACGAUGCCUUGCAAGGCCUGGCGGAUCGAAUUGAGAAGGCGGUGAAGGAUUCCAAGGGUACAGGCUUUGCACGCCACGCGGACUUCGGAUAUCUCACCACCGACUCGCUGCAUAUGGGCGCAGGAGUGCAGUUUUCCGCGGCCGUGCAGCUGCGGCAUUUGCACUCGCGGCCCGAGUUCCGUCCGCUCUGCGCGCUGUUGAACCUCGUGGAGACCUACCGCGAUGGCUGUACCGAGCUCUCCAGCUAUCCGGCUCCCAAUCUGACUUCCGAAGAACUGCUUCGGCAGACCUUGCAGAGUCUCCGCUUCCUGGUCUCACUGGAGAAGAAGUUGGUGGAUGACGUUGCCAUUGAGGAAGACUUGCAGGCUCUGGGCAUCAUUUGA